CGAGCGGAGCUGGAGGCCGGACAGGGGAGCUGAGCGGCGGCGGCGGCGGCGGGGGCGGUAAUGGCGGAGCUGGUGCAGGGGCAGAGCGCUCCGGUGGGGAUGAAAGCCGAGGGCUUCGUGGACGCCCUGCACCGGGUCCGGCAGAUUGCUGCUAAAAUUGAUUCAAUUCCUCACUUGAAUAAUUCCACACCUCUAGUGGACCCCUCAGUGUAUGGAUACGGAGUACAGACACGGCCCUUGGAUGACGGAGUAGGUAACCAGUUAGGGGCCUUGGUACAUCAAAGGGCAGUAAUAACAGAAGAAUUCAAAGUGCCUGAUAAAAUGGUUGGAUUUAUUAUCGGCAGGGGAGGUGAGCAGAUUUCACGGAUUCAAGCAGAAUCUGGUUGCAAAAUUCAGAUUGCUUCAGAGAGUUCUGGGAUUCCAGAGAGGCCCUGUGUACUUACCGGAACCCCAGAAAGUAUUGAACAAGCCAAACGGCUCCUGGGGCAGAUUGUAGAUCGCUGUCGGAACGGACCCGGCUUUCAUAAUGACGUAGAUGGCAAUAGCACGAUCCAGGAGAUUCUCAUCCCUGCGUCUAAAGUGGGCCUGGUCAUCGGCAAAGGAGGGGAAACAAUAAAGCAGCUGCAGGAGCGGACCGGUGUGAAAAUGGUCAUGAUCCAGGAUGGCCCGUUGCCUACGGGAGCAGAUAAGCCCCUGCGCAUCACCGGAGACCCAUUCAAAGUACAGCAAGCAAGAGAAAUGGUGUUGGAGAUCAUUCGAGAAAAAGAGCAAGCCGACUUCCGAGGCAUCCGCGGCGACUUCAAUGCCCGCGUGGGAGGAGGCAGCAUAGAGGUGUCUGUGCCAAGGUUUGCUGUCGGGAUUGUAAUAGGAAGAAACGGGGAAAUGAUCAAGAAGAUUCAGAAUGAUGCCGGGGUGAGGAUUCAGUUCAAGCCAGAUGAUGGUAUUAGUCCGGAGCGAGCCGCACAAGUCAUGGGGCCCCCAGAUCGGUGUCAGCAUGCGGCGCAUGUCAUCAACGAGCUUAUUCUUACAGCCCAGGAAAGAGAUGGCUUCGGUGGCCUCGCGGUGGCCAGGGGACGAGGCCGGGGCCGGGGCGACUGGAGCGUGGGAACCCCCGGCGGCGUCCAGGAGAUAACAUACACCGUGCCGGCAGAUAAGUGCGGCCUCGUCAUCGGCAAAGGGGGUGAGAACAUCAAAAGCAUAAACCAGCAGUCGGGGGCGCACGUGGAGCUCCAGCGGAACCCCCCUCCCAACACUGACCCCAACCUGCGAAUAUUCACCAUCAGGGGCGUCCCUCAGCAGAUCGAGGUGGCCAGGCAUCUCAUAGAUGAGAAAGUUGGCGGGACCGGCCUCGGAGCACCCGGAGCCUUCGGACAUAGCCCGUUCAGCCAGCCGCCCACGGCGCCUCCGCAACACGCUUUUCCUCCGCGGAGCUCGGGCUGCUUCCCCAGCAUCGCUGCUAAGGUGAACGGAAACCCCCCCAGCACCCCUGUGAGUGGUCCUCCGGCCUUUCUGACCCAGGGAUGGGGCAGCACCUACCCGGCGUGGCAGCAGCCCGCCCAGCAGGUCCCAAGCCAGCAGAGCCAGGCACAGAGCAGCCAGCCCGACUACAGCAAGGCCUGGGAAGACUAUUACAAAAAACAGAGUCACGCCGCCGGUGCCGCUCCUGCAGCCAGCUCCCCGCCGGACUACACGCUGGCCUGGGCCGAGUACUACAGACAGCAGGUCGCUUUCUAUGGGCAGACGCUAGGGCAGGCUCAGGCCCACAGCCAGGAGCAGUAGGGCAGCCGCCUGCGCGCCUUCCUCCCCGAGAUCAUCACAAGCGAAUCCCCAUUUGUAACAGAGGUUUAUAGAUUUGCAAACCUUUUGAUGAAGAACCUUCAUUUUGUUCUGUGAAACACUAUAUUUAGAUUAACCGGACUUUUCUAAAAAUCGGGAAAAUUCAUUACUAAAAUUUGCUGAUAAUUUCUGUUUCACUAUUUUUGUUUGUAUUUCAAACGUGUGAGCUCUGGGAGCCGUUCUGGAGCAGCUCCUGCCGAUCUGGCACCAGGACGCGCCUCAGAGCAGUGGCAUUUCAACACGGUGUGUUUUCGUUUCGUUUCGUUUCAUUGGGUCGCGCGUCUUUUUAUUCACAGUUGUUUUUUUUGGUUUUUGUGUUUCUGUUGCGACAGAAAGUGGCUUGGAAGUCUUAGGUGGUAUGUAACAAAUCCUUUUAAAAAUUUUUAAACAGUAUUUAAAUAUUCUUAAAUGUGUAAAUUCAUUAAAUGUCUUCUAAUUUCUUCUAUCUUGGCUGUCUGGUUUUAUUGCAUUUUUUAAAAAAACUGAACUAUUAUGUAUUGUAAUUAAUUAUGUGAAUUCCGAAUCGAGACAGAGAAUUGUAUUGCUGUCCAACAGGGAUUGGGAGGGGGCAUUUUAUAGGGUUUGUAUAAUUUCUAGAGUGCUAAAGGGGUAAUAUAAAACUGUGUCCGUGUGUCUAGCAUACGUUUUUUGUUCGUAUCUCCGUUACCCGUUGGAGCUGAGUACAACUGUGUAUCUAAGGCCUCCAGGCUUGUUUUAAAAACAAAAAACCUUUGUCUCUUCUCUCUGAAAUAUAAAUACUGUUAUUUUUAAUAUUAAAAAAGAAAUCCGCUAUAACUUUUAACAAACACUGUGGAACAUUAAACCGCAUAAAAAUGUAGUAACUAUUUUUUAAUUCCAAGGCAUUUUCUUCCUUUUUUCUUUGAGAUAUUUUCUUAAUAUUUGUCAAAUUAACUAGAUGAAUGAAUAAAUCUAGUAUUAACCACAAUAUGAACUAAAUAAUUUUGAUUUAAUAAAAGGGAUACUAUGAUCUCCGAUGUUUACUGUAGUGUAUCUUGUACAGAUAACAUGUAUUUUUAAAGGAAAGAAAAACGGAAUCGAAGCUAUUUUUCCUUGCAUUUUUUCAUUGAUCCGAGGGACAUUCCGUUUGAAAUAUACUGACGUUACAGUUUCCGGUUUUUUCCUCCUUAUUUUCCUUAUAAUGCUUGAAAUGUCUAACUAUUAAAAAAGGCAAUUGGAAAAUGUUAUGAAAUGUUAUGCAUGUUGUUUAAAAAAAAAAGUGUUCUUUUUAUUUGACUGACAAUUCAUUUUACACUCUAUAUAAUAAAAUUUCCACAAGGCGUCUUGUGGGCAAAGUA